ACAGUGUUUAGAGUGAAAGAUUUCGCCAACAAAAAAAAAUGUCCAAAGCAUUUCCAAACGUUCCCAUUCAGUCAACAGCGGGUGCUGUCCCCAUGAAAAAUGAAAAGGGGGAAGUUGUAAUGCAGAAAGUGAAAGUGAACAGAUAUGUUACGGGAAAGAGGCCAGAUUAUGCUCCAGACAGUAGUGGCGGAGAAGAAAGUGAUGAAGAAUUUGAGUUUAACAGAAAAAAGCAACAGCAACAAGCAAAUGAAGAAGUUGUUGAAGAAGAACCUGAGCUAUCGGAGAACAUUCAGGAUCGACGUCUCCGACGAUUACAAACCCGUGAUGUGGAUUACGACAGUGAUGAAGAUGAAAGGGUAGCAAGACAUAGAAGAGAAAUAGUGGAGCCUGAAAUUAUACAGGAGAAGUCAGACUCAGAAGAUGAGCGUCGCAGAAAGAGAUUUGGAGAAGAUGAAGAAAGCAGUGAAGAGGAGGAGGAAUUAGAUGAAGAAGAAAUAGAAAGGAGAAGACAACUCCUUCGUCUACGAAUGCAACAGAGACAAGAAGAGGAGGAGGUUUUAGAAGUUGAGGAGGAAAAAGUAGAGGGGGAGAGUGAGGAGGAAUCUUCAGAAUAUGAGGAGUAUUCUGACUCUGAGGAGGAGACAGGUCCCAGACUCAAACCUGUGUUUGUCAGAAAAAAAGACAGAAUAACCAUUCAAGAGAAGGAGAAAGAAGAAGCUAAGAAAAGAGAAAUGGAGAUGGAGGCUAAGAAAAUAGCAGAGGAGAGGAGAGGACACACACUGAAGAUCAUUAAGGAGGAUGCUCGUAAGGAAGCUGAGGAGGAGAAAACUGUGGAGGAUGCCUGUGAUGCUCUGGACUCUGGAGAUGAAAAUGACGAGGAAGAGUACGAGGCCUGGAAAGUCCGAGAAUUAAGGCGGCUAAAGAGAGACAAAGAAGAACGAGAAAACAUUGAAAAAGAGAAAAUGGAGAUAGAGCGUGUCAGAAAUAUGACUGAUGCAGAGAGACGACAAGAAUUCUCCCAAAAUCCAAAACUCGUCACAAACAAAGCUCCAAAGGGCAAAUACAAGUUUCUACAGAAGUACUACCACAGAGGAGCCUUUUAUGUGCAAGAUUAUGAAGACCAAGUCUACAAACAGGAUUUCUCUGCUCCUACACUGGAGGAUCACUUUGAUAAGACAAUUCUACCCAAAGUCAUGCAGGUCAAGAACUUUGGGCGAUCAGGAAGGACGAAGUAUACCCACCUUGUGGACCAGGACACAACCCAGUUUGACUCUCCCUGGAUAGCGGACACGGCACAAAAUUUGAAGACUCACAUGACAAAGGGAGGAGGAAUGAAACAGGUCUUCCACAGACCCACAACCAAAUCAAAACGAAAAUGAAAGU